AUGUGUACCGGAAGUUGUGCCAAGUGCCUUGGGGGCACCCUCAUCCCCCUCACCUUGUUUGGCUUCCUGGCUAACAUUCUGCUGUUUUUCCCUGGAGGAAAUGUGAUAGACAACAAUGACCACCUCUCUGAUGAGGUCUGGUAUUUCGGAGGAAUUCUCGGUAGCGGAGUCUUGAUGAUCUUUCCUGUGCUGGUCUUCAUGGGGCUGAAGAACAAUGACUGCUGUGGGUGCUGUGGCAACCAGAGCUGCGGGAAGCGAUUUGCCAUGUUCACCUCCACAAUAUUUGCUGCCAUCGGCGUCCUGGGAGCAGGAUAUUCCUUCGUUGUCUCAGCCGUCUCCAUCAGCAAGGGUCCUAAGUGCUUGAUGGGCAAUAAUACCUGGGGCUACCCAUUCCAUGAAGGGUAA